UUUCGGGGAUCUCGGAAACGGCUGUAAGGAUUUCGAUGAAGUUUACUAAGUGGAUUUGCGGGGGCAAAAAAUUGAUCUAGCUAGGUCGUAUCUCUGGGAAAACGUCCAUUUUUGAGUUUUUAUAUGUUUUCCGAGCAAAGCUCCGUCUCCCAGAUAUUAGGUAUAUAUUAAUUCUCAUCUGUCCCCGCAUUUAAAGCCCGACCAGAAAUAUAUGAUCAUUGUCAAGAGGGCGCUGUUAUUUUCAUAUAAAGGGUGACAGUUUAGUAUGAAAAAAAUAGUUCCAGUGAAAUUCCGCAAUAUGACGCGUGAUCAUAUAUUACUGCCUGAUGGCUUUAUGUAUGUUGGCCGUCACGUGAUAUUGGGACCAAAAAAAUACAAUUCAAGUAGCCCCUCUAUACUAAAUUCCGAAAAGCUACACUUCAAAGUUCGUGUUCAUACAUUUUUUCGUCGUUCUCAUAUAGUUUAGACAUCGAGCUGUCAACGUAAGUGCCAAUUAUGCGAAUGAUGCGGUCGGCCUCGCAUUUAAUGGUGGCCACACACGCGCCAAACAGAGCGACAGUUUACAAAAUAGUUUUUUUGGACAUAUUUUGCACUUUACAAUCCCAAAUUUGUCUGCAAAAAUGUAUGAAUCGUGCAUCGUGCCACUUCGCAUUCGUCGCCCAGCUAACAGCUUUGUUUACACUGUUUUAUUGUAUUCUUGCUAAUAAUUAGAGUCCGACUGAAGUGUCGGUUUCGGCAUAAAUAUCAUGUUUCGGCUGAAUUAAUUUUAAUUUUUAACAAGCAGAAUUGUCUGCGAACGAUGCUAUUAAGCUUAGAAUAAAUUUUAAAGUGGAAAAAUUACUGUCUUGGGUGAGACUUGAACUCACGGAAAUGUUCGGUUUCGGCCUAAAACUGCCGAAUUUUACGGCCGCACAUUGUGCUUUCAAUUCAGAUUGCGUUCGGCUAGUUUUCUAUAAUGAUUAUUGAAUACUAAUAGUAGUUAAAAUUAAUUUAACUGAUGUCAUGGAAUUUUAAAUGUUUGUAAUUGAUUUUAUCAUUAACAACGAAAUGAAAAUAGUUCAGGGCGCUUGAACACGCGAUAAGUAUUAGGCAGUUGUUUCAGAAUUUAUUCUCUAUUCACCGUCAACUGUGCACUGUGACCUGUAUCAACAUGGAAAGGUUCAACAUGAAAACCACGUGGUGGCAAAAAUACAGACACGCCAAGAACCAUCCCAGCCGGCUGAGUGUGGAAAUGGUCCUGCGCAGGAGCUUCGCGCAGGUGCUGAGAGAUUAUGUGCAGCAUUGCUCACUCGCGGGAAUCAAGAAGGUGUGCGAGCGGGACAUCCCGGUCAGGCAUCGAAUCUUUUGGACCAUCCUAACCGGCUUCACCUACGGCGCAGUGAUCUACAUGCUCAUGAACAUCUGGAAGGCCACAUUAAGCAAACCCCUGCUCGUGACCAUGGACUCUUCCACGUACCCCAUCGCCGAGAUUGACUUCCCUGCCGUCGCCGUGUGCAAUAUUAAUCGGAUUAGUAUGAAGUCAGUUAAAAAGCUUGCGGCGGAGAUUUACCAAAACAGGAAGGGAACGCAUCCAAACACCACCCUGAACGACAUCGAAUGGUAUCUGUUGCAAGGUGGUCGGCUCGUGGACUAUUCCUACAACGAAACUCUUAGACUACGUCUCCUGAAGUUUGCCACUCACGCGCAGGACACACGAAAAAUCGUAUAUGGUAUGGAACGGCUGGCUCCAUCCUGCAAUGAAAUGCUACUCCGUUGUUCCUGGAGCGGACAAGAAGUGAACUGCAGCGAGAUAUUCACCAUGCGGCGUACUGUUCUGGGGCACUGUUGUGCCUUCAACUACGUGCUAAAGUACAACUCCAUGGGCAGGCCAGAUAAAACCAAGAACCUGAUCGCGUCUGUGAUGCGGCAGAAGCAGGCGGGCAUGUAUCACGGGCUCAUCGUAGUAUUAGACCCGCUUCUGGAAGACUAUGGCUAUCCUCUGCGGAGCGUGGAUGGUUUUGAUAUAUUUCUGUUCGACCCAACUCACUUCGCGGAUCCGAGCGGUGGGCGCGUGCUGCAGCGGUUGUCCCAGCCCAAUGAAGCCAUGGUGUUAGAGCUGCGAUCAGUCAGGCAGAUUGCCACGACAGAAGUCAGGAAGUACCCCCUUAGCACUAGGAAAUGUCUCUUCCACGACGAGGUUCCCGAACACUUCGGAAAUAUGUACUCAUAUAGCGCAUGCAUCGCGCGCUGCAGAAUCAAGACCAUCCGCUCUCUCUGCAAGUGCACGCCUUACUUCUUGCCUGCUGGCAACAAUAGUGUCUGCUCACUGGUGGAUCUGUGGUGCCUCAACAAGUAUAAAGAAAAACUUCUCUACUUCUACCCGUUCAACUCGAACGCCAAGUUCGGGCUAGAGAUGGAGCGCCUAGACUCGCUCUACUGCCCCGAGUGUCUGCCGGACUGCGAGUUGACCAAGCACUCCACCAAGUCGUCCGUGAUUCCGUUCAGGGAUCGAGGACUCGGAGACCAGCCAGUGCUGCCGGACAUUGCGAAAGGCCUGAACGUCACAGAAUCAAGUAACUUGGCGAUGGUGUACAUCUAUCAACCAACAAACGACGGGGUUUUGGACCGACUCGAUGUGGUGUCCUACUGGUAUGAAAUACUGAGUAACAUCGGCGGUUUCGCAGGCAUCCUCGUGGGAUUCUCUAUCAUUAGCGUAGUUGAGAUCAUUUAUUAUUUUGUCGUCCGUUUCAUUCAAGUUCUGUGUUCGAACUGGAAAUUAUAUUAUUAACCUUUUGACCGCCACCGUCGGCUAUGGCCGACAUCUGAAAUACUUGCCAAGGACGCCAAUGACGGCUACAGCCGACAGUUUCGCCAAUGCAAUAGGGACUAACGCGCGACUCCGUAAAGUUCAAUUUCGUUUAAAUAAUCGUGAUCGCCUGCGUCCGGGGCACGGCAAAUUCCUUUGC